UAUAUGACAGAACGAGUAAAACCUUGUCUGAAAGUCUUCAAAGGCUGCCAUCUCCAUAUUAUGGUGGUUAAACUAACUUCAUUGUUCAUAUAAACAGUAUACAGACGACUAUAUGGCCAUGGGUACAUUCAUAGAUAUCGCGAAUUGUAGCUGUACAAUAAUGCUGAUCAUUUCAACCAUUUUUUAUAGCUCAAAUUUAGCAGAUCAACACAGUCUUCAAGACAACAACAGAACCUGUAUCAGUUCAGCAGCCGAGCCAAAACUCGUCUCAAGUUCAUGCUAUCCUUUGGUGAACUUCACUCGCUCUUUUUGUGAAAGUUAUGGGAUCGCGUUACCAAACUACGUUUACAAUACCCCCCGUCGCCAAAUUAAGGAAAACGACGAGAUGAAUAAAAUCAACGACUCCUUGGGAAGGCUGGGAGAAUCAAAAAUAACCCGCUGGUUACAAACGAGCAUAACAACAUAUCGAAAAUGCAUGCAUCUUUUUAUAACACUUAAAUGUCAAAUGAAUUUUCCGAGUUGUGAUCGAACGUCGAGCGUCUUUAGGGAACAAAAACUUUGCCGUGAAACUUGUCUUCAAGUUCGUCAUAUUUGCCGUAAAUUAUGGGAUGUAAUUGCGAGUUAUGCGACAACUCGUCGUCGUGAUGAAAAAACGAAAAAAUUUGUUAAAUGCGAACUACAACCAUACAGAAACUCUGGUGACUCGCCAGAAUGCUGGUACUACGAUUUUGUAAACUCGACAGAUGCACCCAAAGCACCAGAGUGGACUACCAAUGCAGAUUGUCUAUACUUAAACGGAAGCAGUUACCAUGGCAACAUAUCGGUGACGGCCGCAGGUAUCACUUGCCAGUCAUGGACAGAACAAUGUCCACAUCGUCAUACCAUGAACACCACAUAUCCAGAAUUAAAUAACGCCAAGAAUUACUGUCGUAAUCCCAAGAACUCAGGACAACGACCUUGGUGUUUUACUACAGAUUGGAAUAAGAGAUGGGAGUACUGUGAUAUCCCUAAAUGUUCACCAGUUGACGGUCAUUAUGGAAAAUGGUCGCUGAAAAGUGCGUGUAAUGUAACUUGUGGUGAAGGUUUUGAAACAUGGUCACGAGAUUGUAACAAUGAUGAGCCAAAGUUCGGCGGAAGAAACUGCAGCCACUUGGGAGAACCUCUUGAGUACAGACCAUGUUUAAUGAAACCAUGCCCUGUUAACGGCGGUUAUAGCGAAUGGAGUCUGAGAAUCCCAUGCAAUGUUUCGUGCGGUGAAGGAGUGGAAUUUUGGCGACGUGCUUGUGAUAAUCCUGAACCAAAAUACGGGGGGCGUGACUGUAGUGAACUCGGGAACUCGAGUGUAUUAACGAAAUGUAAAAGAAAACGAUGUCCAGUUGACGGUAACUAUAGCAACUGGACAAAGUCCUUACCAUGUAGUGUCACGUGUGGUCAAGGUAUUGAGGUUUGGACGCGACAGUGUGAUAACCCCCCUGGAAAGUAUGGUGGAAAUUGUAGCAUCUGGGGGACGGAUAAUGAGGCCCGAAUAUGUGUGACGAAACCUUGUCCAGUUGUAAUCGAUUCCCGGACGACUGCUUUUAUGGUCACUGCUGGGGUGAUUGUACUUGCAGUGUUGGUUAUUGUUUGGAUUUUCUUGAGACGAAAUCACAAAGAAAGCCACUCAUCGUAUAGUGCUGUGACAGAAAUUACAGAUAUCCGCGCUUCUCGGCAAUCUCAAAACGAAAGUUCGUCACGUGAAACUGGUACUAUUGUUAGGUACGAAAACUUGACCGCUGAUGGAAACCCAUUUCCAGGCCUCUCGCGCGGUGUUGCCUCUUGUAGUGGGGACUACGUAAAUACGCGACCUUCGCGGUACUCACGGUAUGAUAGACUUCAGUUGUUUCGUUCCUUAGCCGCGCAAUGCCUUCGAAACGUAUGGGGGAGUGUUGACGAGCAGGGCGGCCAUGUCUAUGACGUGUUGCAACGCAACGUCGGACAGGUGUUUGUCUCGUACGACAAGAUUGGAAACAUUGUAAUGGAAGGCUUUGAUAAAAGAAAGACGAGUAGUUCAGCUGACGAUACACUUGAAACAUCUUCAGCUGCCAUGAUAGCCGCGGGCACUGAAAAUGCCCCGACGACUGCAAUCGUUUGACGAAUUAGGUUAUGUGAAUCUUAUAGUUUCUACAAGGAAUAUUAUGGAUAAAAUCGAAUAUAACAUUGAAGUUAUAGCAUAGGGCAACCGCAAAAAAUGUCAAAUUCAAUAGUAAUAACAUAGAAGAAAUAUGCAUUUAAGCCACAAGGCAUUUUGCCUCAUGGAAGAAGUGAACGUACAUUGUAAAGGUGAAUGGGUCAAGUGAUAAUACAAUAGAGAGUUGCCUAUGCAUACAACAACUGAUCUUAGGUUCUUAGGAACUUUAUCU